AUGUAUGCUGUCAUGACGCGUUUAUACGUUGAUUUGGUCGAAGACAGCCUUGAUGAAUACGCCUAUAACGCGGAUAAGGCCGGUUUGAGCUACAAUUUGUCAGAAAACGCACAGGGACUAAUUAUAGAGCUUAAGAGUUUCAACGACAAGAUGUCAGUGCUUUUGGAGAAAGUAUUACUGGCAGUAAGAGAUUUGGAAAUCAAGCGAGAGCAAUUCGACGUGGCCAAGGAGAGGGUGUGGAAAGCAUAUAAGAGUUUCGACUACAUGGAGCCGUAUCGACAGAUCAAUACCUUCUCGCGCCUGUUGAUCAACGAAAGAUCCUGGGCUCCUUCCCAACUACUCGAGGAGCUUCCAGCAGUGACAGCUGAGGAUAUACGCUCGUUCUUUCCCCAAAUGCUGCAACAAAAGCACAUCAAGAUCCUCGUUCAUGGCAAUCUGAACAAAGAAGAUGCACUAAGUUUAACAAAUCUUGUGGAAUCAAACACUCCGCCCACGUCAAUAUCCAAAAAGCCAAUGGCCAUCACGCCGCACGAUUGCGCUACCCAGCGGAGCAAAGUACCUGUACGAGCGAGUAUUGAAGAACCCAGAUAA